AUGAAUAAAAAUCAAUCAGCUCAUUACAUUACUAAUAACCAAUCAUAUGGUGAUGGUUGGCUGUUACACAGUGGAUAACAAUAGGUGGAUAUGACAUCAUGUCCUGUGCCUACUUAUGCUGAAAUCGUGCGUCAAAUGCAGGUGAUGAUUCCAUUAUUUACAAGAUUAGGACUUUAGAAGAGCUGAAAAACUACUCAAAAAUAAACUGGUUGCACAAACAAUUGGGCUUGAACUGUCUCAACCUAUUUCUGAGGAAGAAAAGCAACGCAGGAAAUUAGAUAAUAAGGUGCCUUCAAAGAAGUUUCAUGUCACAGAAUAGGAGUACAAGGCUCCUCCUCAGGGAAUCAAUGUCGGUAUGAGUUUCAUGAUUGAGAAAAGGACUACCUAUCUAUGAAACAUCCAAUAUGUAAUACGGACAGUUGAAUCCAACCUCAUUUGAGUUGAUUGAGAAAUACUAUCCGAGAGAUGCUCGAUUCACUUAGGCCUUUUUGGGAGACACCUACAAGUUUGAUGGACUGAACACUAGCACAGCCUUCUCAAAAGUUCAUAAGAAAUUAGAUGAAUAUUGA